AUGGCCGGCAUGCAUCAACCAGGCCAGCAACAAGGAGCCGGCAACGGCAGCUCGCCCAACUGGGUGCAGUACGUGAAGCUGAAAAUCGAGAAGGAAGCUAAGGGCAGCCUUCCGUCGAACUUGCAAAGAUUCGAUCCGACGGAAAAACGGCCGUCCAUUUUCAUGCCUCGCCGCCAAGUAGCCGUAGCCGUGCCCACGGUUGCGCAGACGCCACCGCUUGAUCGCACCGGGGCCACAGCCACAGCCACGAGCAGAUGGUCGACCGGCGGCAGUCCCAUCGUCGCCGCCGUCGGGCCGUACCACCAACCGGCGAGGGAGUCGCGGGAGCCUAGUCUCAUCACCCAUGCCAAGAAGUGUGCCAUCGUCGAGUUCCUCGCCAAGCAAGAUUUCGCCCUGGAUACGGGCGCCUUCCUCAACUGGGCAUGGGAGAAGUACGCCGACGCUAGUGAAUACUACGAGGCUAGCUCCAUCACGAUGGGCCCGGAGGAGCUCGCCGAGAUGCUUCUGCUCGACGGAUGCUUUGUGCUGUUCGCCGUCUUCGUGCUUAGGAAGCCGAGCGUGCCGCCAUAUCCGUUUUGUUUGGCAGAGGACAUAUCCCUGUCCAACUCCACGAUGAACAGAGGCAGAACCGAGCUCGCCCAGGAUUUCAUCAACCUGUCCGCGGACAUAUCCCAGCACAUUAAACAGACCCGGCUGGACCUGCUGUUGCUGAGCAACCAGAUCCCCUUCUUUGUGCUCACCGAUCUUCACACCCGAUUGAAAGAAACCUUCUUCAAGGGGAUCGAGCUCAAGUUUCAAGAUCUCGCGCUCUCCUGCUUCGAGGAGAUCCGGCCCAGCCCCAACGCCAACACCAACCCCAGCCGCAAGUUCCCAGACCCAAUUCAUCAUCUCCUGCACCUCUUCCACUGGUCCCGGGUGCCCCGAGACAAGCACUUCAUAGACCCCUGCGCGCCCCUGCGCGGCGAGCCAGAGGCGAACCUCCCUUGCGCGACCUGGUUCAAGGACUCCCGCAUCAAACUCAAACUCAGCAAGCAACAGGCUGCUCCAGGCACACUGCACAUGACCUUCCAGAGGAACCUGCUCGGCGCGCGAGGGGUGCUGCGCGUCCCCGCGCUGCACAUUCACAACUACAGCGACCUCAUCUUCCACAACCUCAUCGCCUUCGAGCAGGGCCAUGUCAACUGUGGCCUCGCCGUCACCACCUACUGCAUCUGCAUGGCCCGCCUGCUGCAGAGCGAGGCCGACGCCAGGCUGCUGAGGAAGAAAGGGAUCCUAGCGCACACGCACGAGACGGACCAGGAGAUCGUCGACUUGUUCAGAGGGAUCGCGGAUGAGCACCGCCACGCAUCUUAUUCCAAUGACCUGCUUCAGCUCUGCAAGGACGUGGACGAGCAUCAUCACAGCACAGCCGCAAGGGCCGCCAAAUGGUUCGUGCUGCAGUGCUUCCCCAGGCAGACCGUCACCUUCUUCGUCCUCCUUGGAGCCCUCAUCUCCAUUGCAACGCUCAUCAACACCAUCGUCUCCGUCUAUAGGUUCUAUCAUCCAUACAAGCAGGAAACAUGGUGA